AAAAGUUAAAGACUAAUCCAUUUGAAGAACAAAAAUUAAAGAACACAAGUUAAUUUCUUGACUUUGGUUGCUUGUAAUAAUCUGACACAAUUUUGGGGGUUCCCUCCAUUUGUUUUCAAUACACAAUUAUACAAAUGUGAAAAAACACCAUUUACUUCUACUAUUUCCUCUUUGUCCGAUCAAUGGCCAACUCUUCCAACCCGAAAACCCUAAACCAAACCCAAUCACAUUUCAUAUCCCAAUCUCUCACUGACGACGACGAUUUUCAAGAUCCAUCUCCUUCUCAGCUCCAUUUUCCCAAUCCCUCUCGUAAACCUCUUGGACCUAAUAAUACUACUUCCAAGAAGCCAAAACAGCGUGGCAGCAAGGGCAAGGAGAACUUUCUUGUUGUUGGAAAGGGUACCGCUGAGGGUUUGAAUUCGGGUCCGGGUCAUGAGUUGGACAGUUCUCGUCCUGCUAAAAAGCCGAAACAACACCUAGUAAGUGAUGAGAAGGAAUGUAUUGCCUCUGUUGUUGUUGAAAGAUCUGAUGGAAAUGGAAAGAACAUAGAAUUUGACGAUUUGGAUUUGUGUCAUGGGUUGGAUAGCAUAGAAUCAACUAUAGAUUGUUGUUUUAGGGCCCAAAAGAUGACGAAUAAUGAGGAAGAAUUAAAGAGGGGCUAUUUGUUUAAGUCGAUAGAGGCUAGGUUGCUUAAUUCAAAUGGCGGGUUUGAAGAGAGGAAGGAGGAGGAAUCGGAGCUUGAUUUGUUGCUCAAGUUAUGUGGUGAGGAGGAUCAAGUGGAUGUUGAUUUGCAUAGCCAAGAAGAGUGUUUGGGGUUAGACGAUGAAUGUGGUCGCGUUUGUUGUCCGCUUUGUGGAGUAGAUAUUUCGGAUUUGAGUGGUGAAAUGAGACAGGUUCAUACUAAUGAGUGUCUUGAUAAAGAGGAGACUCCAACUCAUGUGGUUACUGCCAAUAAUGAUGUAUCUUUUCAGAGUCCUGGGAAAGUGCUCAAUAAUUCCCCAUGUCAAUCUCCUAAAGAGGUUGUCCACGUAUCUCCUGUCGUUGAAUGGUUACGAAAUCUUGGACUUGCUAAAUAUGAAGAAAUCUUUGUCCAGGAAGAGAUUGAUUGGGACACUUUAAAAUCCUUGAAAGAAGAGGAUUUAUUUAGCAUUGGUGUCACUGCUCUUGGUCCUAGGAAAAAGAUUGUUAACUCUAUUUUGGAGCUAAGAAAGGAAACUACCGAGGAAACAAUAGUCCGGCAAGAUGUUACGAAAAAUGUACCUGUUGAUGCUGGUAGCAAACCAAGCAAGUUGAUAACAGAUUAUUUUAUUAGUCCUGUUUCGGAAAGAAAGAAAGUUUGUGCUACUGGUAGGGCACAAAAGGAGGUUGGACGAACUUGUUCAAAUGUUUCCCAUAAGAGAAUUCAGAAGAAAAAUCCAGCCAAGAGUGCAAAAUCUAAAGAUAUUCCAGUGUGGUGUUCUGUACCAGGAACACCAUUCCGAGUGGAUGCUUUCAAGUACUUGAGAAGAGAUUGUUCUCAUUGGUUCCUCAGCCACUUCCAUUUAGAUCAUUAUCAAGGCCUCACUAAGUCCUUCUGUCAUGGAAAAAUUUAUUGUUCCUCAAUUACGGCAAAGCUUGUUAAUCUGAAGAUCGGAAUCCCAUGGGACAUGAUACAAGUUUUACCCAUCAACCAGAAGAUCAACAUUGCAGGGAUUGAUAUCACAUGCUUUGAUGCAAACCACUGCCCGGGUUCCCUAAUAAUCCUUUUUGAGCCACCCAAUGGUAAGGCUGUCCUACACACGGGGGAUUUCCGAUUUUGUGAAGAAAUGACAAGGAAUUCAAUCUUGCAGACUUGUGGUGUCCACACUCUCAUCUUAGAUACUACAUACUGUGACCCUCAGUAUGACUUUCCCAAACAGGAGGCUGUUAUUCAAUUUGUUAUUGAAUCAAUACAAGCUGAAACAUUCAACUCGAAGACCUUGUUUCUCAUUGGUAGCUAUACUAUAGGAAAAGAGAGGGUGUUUGUUGAGGUUGCUCGUGCUCUGCAGAAGAAAGUCUAUGUCAAUGCAUCAAAGUUACGCAUUUUGGAGUGCCUGGGUUUUACUGAAGAAGAAAUGCAGUUUUUCACAUCAAAUGAGCAGGAGAGCCAAAUUCAUGUAGUGCCUAUGUGGACAUUGGCUAGCUUCAAAAGGUUGAAGUAUGUUUCUAAUCAGUACGCGGGUCGAUACAGUCUUAUAGUUGCUUUUUCUCCAACUGGUUGGUCAUUUGGUAAAGGAAAGAAGAAGUCAACUGGAAGCAGGUGGCAGCAGGGUACCAUUAUCAGGUAUGAAGUACCAUACAGCGAACACAGCAGUUUUUCAGAACUCAGAGAGUUUGUUAAGUUUGUUUCUCCUGUUAACAUCAUACCUAGUGUAAAUAAUCAUGGACCUGAAUCCAGCAGUGCAAUGGUCUCACGCCUCGUAGACUGAUAUAUUGAACUUCAAAUAGCAGUAAUUCUUCGCAUCUUGCCUUGUAAUGUAUUUUGAGAUUGCAUUCAGUACACUAUAGUUUAGUUUUCCAUGUUAUACCAUUCUGUAUCGUUGCUUGGACAAUGUAACUGGUGAUGUUUUGUUCCAAAGCAUAUGUAAUCUUUACAUGAGUGCAAUAAUAAUUAGUGUAUUCAGUGCAA